UGGAUACCGAUACUAUUGGCUGGCAUCGAGAUAAAAUCCAAUACAGCUCACCGUUUAAGAACGAACUGCAAUCAGUAGGAACAACACUGAAUAUUGGAACUUCUUUUAUGUGAAAUGAAUAAUUAAAAUUGGAAUAGAAUUACAUACAUUUAAAUGGAGAUAAAAAGAUGGAAUUACAUCAUUAUUAUUAGGUGAAAUGUGAAAUGUAAAUUUCAUAAGACCAGAUGGCUUAAGAUGUCUAUUUGGAUUACUUUGUCAAUACAUUACAUCAAAACUGUAAACUCGAAUGAGCGUGUGGUUCUGUCUAUGGGACUAAGUUUCAUUGCACUGGUCUUGCUUGCAAAUUUCACAAAAGGCCAGAGCAACAAUUUGAAUGACAAGUUUAUAUUUCCCAUGUACUCAGAUGGCACUGAAGAUUGUGAUAUGGUAAUUGAAUUCAACAUGAUGUCUUUCUCGAGAACAGCUUUAUACGCUACCAUGACAACUAAUUACAACGAAUCCUACGAUAAUAUCUUAGACAAAACACCAUUUGUUAUGCCUAUGAAACAGUAUCUAGGCUUCAAUGCUUCAAAAGUUUUUACAUGGAACGUCAAUUACACAGUAUCGGCACAGAUUCACCACAUGUACGGUGACGUACUACACAUAUUUAAUUCAAAUUCGUUAGGACGGAAUUAUAUAGGUUACUGUGAUAAAGAUUAUUUUAUUACAAUUUAUGGAACUGAUUCUGACACUAACGUGACUAUCAAUAGUAGGAAUAACACUGUGAUUGAAGCUCAUAGACUUGCUGUCGGAAAUACUGUAACCUUUGAUCCGGAAUCGUCCGAUGUUUAUCAGAUAAAUGCAUCGGGUAGAAUCGGAAUUAUUUAUAGUAACGUAGAUAUAAGCAAAAACAUUGUCUGUGAUCAAACUGACGAUAUUCUUUGGGAAAUGAUACCUCCUAUUGAGAAGAACGGAAAGGAAUUUAUGAUACGUAUACCUGAUGUAUAUAGUGCCUUUUUGGAAGUUUUAGGUUUUGAAGAUGGACUAUUAAAGUUGCAUUUGCCGGAUGAACUGUCGACAAUUAACUUAAAAGCUUUUGAACGUAAACUAAUAAAUGUUUCUCAUGCACGUGACGUUCACAUGACUUCUUCGACAUAUGUCUCAGUCUUUAGCACUUUGAACCUAAAAACAGACACAUAUCGUACAGCAACGAAUGUUUUCAGUGUUUUCCCAGCAGAACAAUUUAAAAAUUGUCUAUAUGUAACGAUUUUGAAUUGCACCAACAACGUUUGUGGUUACCUGGUAACCGAAAAUGGCAUCGGUCGUGUCAAUAUGUAUAAUAUCGAAUGGAAAAUCAUUCGAUCAUUCAAUACAUCAGAUGUAGGUCAAAAUAGAACGACUGCCAGUUUUGAAAUCAGUGGUAUAUCAGACGGCAUCUAUUUUGUGCAAUCAGAAAAUAGUUCUGGACACCUUAUAUUUUAUUAUUUGAAUUUGAGCCAUGGUAGAUAUUACCAGGCAGCCAGAUUAGACAAUAUGAAUUGCGAUAUGUUUGCAUCUUCGCAAACAUCUACUUUUAACGAGGAAACUAGCGUUUCGACAAACACCUUAUUGGAGCAAACUUCUGUGCCAAAUGACAUUGUAUCUUCAACACAUCCUAUAAAAAACUUUUCUGGUGCUUAUAUUGAGAACGUUACCGUUUCUUAUUCCACGAUUAUACAGUCACAAAAUAAUACACUGAUUAACCAAUCUGCUCAAUCUGUGCCAAAACUUGGAUUACUGUUUUAUUUAACGUCAAACACUUCAACUCAAAACGAGACUACUGCAGUGGAACCUAUAAACAACCGUUUGAUAUUCCCAUUUAUGUACGAGGAGAUACCAGCCGAUGAUAAUGUUUUGAACACAUAUUUGAUAGCUGUGAUAGUCUCCUUAUGCACAGCAAUAUUUGCAGUCAUUGCUGUUAUAUCAACUUUUUUGUUGCUAGAAAUCUUACGAAGACGACGACAGAUACGCAACACUAAAAUUCGACCGUUUGUAACAUGAGUGUAAUAUUGCAGUAAGGUGUCAAACAAAUUUCUUCCCUACGCUCGCCAACUACAUCAAGUGAAAACUUGCAUGAACAUGAUGACAUAAUAACUGUAUGUUUCAGUACUAUUAAAUUAUUUGUUCACUU